CUUCUUUUCAACCACUUUCGUCGGCCAAAUCCUCACGCCAUGGAGCCGCCGCCUGGGCAGCCGCCAGGGACGCCUGUGGAACGCACCUGGAUCGUCCAGCACCUGGUGCCUUUGCGCCGGAACAGCUCGUCCUCCAGCGGCAGUGGACAGAGCCGCCCGAGUCGUGGCACGCGACGGAGCUGGGAGUGGGAUCCCCCAGAUCUGGCGGGCUACUUGGCAUCCCACCCGCAGCUGGAGGAGGAGGUGAUCCUCACCGAGAUUUCCGGUUCGCAGGCUCCAGCGCACCGCUUGGGACACUCCGUGCAGCACGUCCAUGAGACGGUCCAAGCCACGCGUGCGAAAUGGGCAGCCGAAGCACAAGCAGAGGCGGCAGCAGAGAACGAAGCGCGACGGCCAAGCCCCCGCAGCUCCCCGCGCUCACCCAGCUCGCCGCACCCCUGGUCACCGAAGCGCGCGCGGAAGCAGAACCUCCUGGGGCAGCUUCUGCAACAGCAGGUGUUGAAUGGAUCCGCCUUGCGGCCAGAGCAGGAGCAGCUCACCAUUCCAGGCAUGAGCCGCCGGCGGGCACUGCGCUUGGGCGGCCCCUUAGAAGUGGUCCAAGAAGAGAAGUCCCAAACCUUCUCAGACUCAGAAGCGCUGGCCUCCACCCGCUUGCACGCGACGAGCGACAGCAACAGUGGGCGCGUGGCGGCUUCCGCUCCUCCCCGCGUGGCGGAUUUACCGCCGAAGGUGAAGUGGGCCACCUUGCUUCGCUCCAGGGAGGCUCAUCCGCAUCCUGGCCCUUCUCCGCCAGCAACCUACCUGCUGAAGGACCGGUUGAAGACAGGCUGUCAGAUCACCAGCAGCAUUAUGGCGCCCCGCUUGGAAGAUGUCCCGGACCUCUCCACUCUGGUGCUCCGCUCGUGUCCCUGGUGCCGCGCCCAACAACCCGUUGAACCGCCGGAACGAGCCGAACCGGAACGCGACGCACGGCGCGACCGCGCGGAUUCGCCGCGGGUGCGGUGCGUCAACUGCCAUCGGAGCUACGAAGCGAAGAACUCCAAAGUGUCGCUUCUGGGGGGCGCCCUUUGACGAGCUCGGGUGACCUUUCGUCCGUUUGAUGGCACGAGUCGCUGGGUGACCGCGAUUGAGGUCGUGUUCGGGUUGAGGGGCACCCGAUCGAGUGACUGAUGAAAUUGGAUAAGGGACAUGGAUGCGGAUGAGAGGGAGGAUGUUUAGAAUUGUUUAGACCUUAGGAGGUUGAUCGAGG